GUCGGUGGCGGUGGCGGUGGCAAAGUACUAGACACCGUCAACGAAACUGUCGACACGAUCCCACCGAUCAAGGAAGAACAACACCAGCCAGGGGAGCAAGUGAUUUCCAGCGAGGAAUCGACAACAAAGCAACCGAAAAAUCGGCUUUCGCACACCAACGAAUCUCAACGAAACGUAACUAGAGGAGGAAGCGGCUCGCGCGCGGCUGCAUCCUCACUCAGCUCCGGCAACACGCUUCUCAACCGUCGAGUUGCUAGUAAGCGAUCGUCCAGGAGAUGCAACGCGAACGCGCGUAGGAACGCGAUGACGAUGGAUCUCCAGAGACUGAUCACUGAGGUGCACGCUAGGCCCGCGAUCUGGGACCAGAAGAACGUCAACUAUCACAAUCGCGAUGUCAUUCUAAAGAUGUGGCGAGAGAUCGCGAGGGCUUGCGAGGUCUCCACGGACGUCGCAAAAUCAAAAUGGAAGCACUUACGAGACAAUUUCCGCAACGAAUUAAAGAAAACUUAUAGAGGAAAAUGCGAUGGUGGCGCUAAUGAACAUGACUCAAAAUGGGUUUGGUUCAAGAGCCUGUUCUUCCUGCGAGAUCAAAUGAAUUCAAGAGUAAUCGGGUGCACUCUUUCGCAAAAUUGCUCGGCGGCCCUUCGAUCGUCGCCAGAAGAAACGCAAAUCGAACCUCAGAUCGAUAUUUUAGAAGGACACGAGGAAACUCAAUUUGACGAUUUAGAUGGUGAUUCUUGUCAAUCUUUACUCUCGAACGACGAUGGUCUUCAUCAAGUUAUGCCACCGCCUAAGAUGAGUAAGAUGAGUAAGAUCGGAAAAAGAUUCGAAUCUCUGCAAAAGAGACUAAGGGUCUCGCAAGAAGAAGAAGGAGACGAUACUUAUCAUUUUUUGAUGAGUGUUCGAAAUCCUCUCAAAAGCUUACCGCUCGAUAGACAAAUGUUUAUUAGGUUGAAGAUUCAAGAACUCGUCUACAAUGAAAUCAAUUUACAAAAUCAACAGAAUCAAACGUACGAAGUCUCACAAGACGUAAAACCUCCAAGAACAAGAAAUGCUAGCGGAACAGCUGGAAUCGGAGUCGGACUAGGAGGUGGCGACGUUGGUCUCGCCGCACCCGUUGCAGUUGCCGAUACAAAUGGUGGCAGCAGUGGUGGUAGUGGUGUUGGUGGUGGUGGUGGUGUUGUUGGUGGUGGUGUUGGUGGUGGUGGCGGCGAUAUUGCUGCUGGAUGCGUUGGAGGUGGAUUAGGGGGAGGACAAACCGUUAACAACAUGUCUAACCACCCUGCAUCGUUACUUCACAAUUGCACGACAGAGGGCUCCAGCAACAAUGCCUUUUUCGGUUAAUAUAAUUUACAUUUUAAAAUUCUGUGCAAACGGACGUAGACAAGAUCGAGCCACCGUCACCUGUACCGUCCCCGGCAGCUAGCUCUGCUCCGGCGUUUCAACCGAUCAUCCUUGAAACCGAGGGCUCGUACGCCAGAAGAAUUUCCACCUCCGCAUC